AUGAAGCCGCGUAGGCUGUGUGAAGAGUUGACAUUGACCUGUGUAUUCACUUUCCUGUUGUCUUGGACAUCCCUGGUCAAUGCUUACAGCCAAGGGGCGGGGUCCCAAGCCUGUUCCUCCCUAACCCCCUGGCAUAGUGCAAAUCAACCUCAAACAAACGCGGUCCCCUAUGUAAUAACUGUGUCUAAAACAUCGUAUCGACCCAUGGAACAAAUUGUAGUUACAAUACAAGCUUGUAAAGGACACUCCUUCAAGGGCUUCUUGAUUCAGCCCAGAUUGGCCCAGUUUGCCACACAGGACGUGAAGAUCGGGGUGUUUGGGAUGUACAGCAACGCCCCCUACCAGUAUACAUGUCCUGACACCCGCAAUGGGGUCCGAGGCCAAGCUUUAACCCACACUUCUAAUGAAGACAAGACCAAACUCAGUAUCGUCUGGCAGGCUCCACGAGUACCACAAGGUCAUGUGGUGUUCAGAGCUACUAUAUUAAAAGAGUACACAACAUUCUGGGUAGCUGUCAACUCCCCCAUAGUGUAUGAUGCGUAUAGUUCUGUCAGACUGGCACAGAGCCAGGUGCUUAGUCUAACUAACAACAUUUCACCUGUGUGUAAUGAACCAGUGGAGCCAGCAACCACACCCCAGUCCCCUACCCCCACACCCCAACCCCCUACACCGAAACCAACGACAUCAAAACCAACAACACAGAAACCAACAACCACAACAACAACUCCAAAACCAACAACAACCACUCCUGAACCAACAACCACUACAACGACAACAACUCCUCAGCCAACAACAACAACUCCAGAACCAACGACAACAACAAGGACCACAACUACGACAACUCCCAAGCCAACAACAACCACGCCUCAACCCACAACAACACCCAAACCCACCACAACAACAACCAAGACAACUAUGGAGCCUUUCAUACCUCCCCAGGGUACAUAUCUGGCUUCUGACCCAGAAUGCAAUGUUUCCAAAGGUUGCUUUGAUGACUGUAAGAGAGGAGUGUGUACAUUCAUUGUGUCCUGGAGGGACCGGCGGGGCUACCUAGACAUGGAGGUCAAGGCCCACAUCCCAACAGGGGGAGAUAAGUGGCUGGCUGUAGGGUUCUCUUAUGAUAAUCGAAUGGGAAGUGACAGUGUGACUGAGUGCAUGUUUGUGAAUGGACAAGUAGAAGUCUUCCAGUCCUAUAACUCGGACACCCACAGCAACUCACGGCUCAGAAAUCCCAAACUUGGACUGAGUCAGGAAUACGGGUCGUUUGUGGAUGGGAUCUUUACCUGUGGGUUCACGCGAGAGAAGCUGGUUCCCACCGAGAGCAGGCUGUUCAACCUGAAUAAGAACUGGUUCCUCUUGUUUGCCCAUGGAACAGCUAUUGAAGAUCCUUUUCAAAGAGGACAGGGACUAAAGCUCCCUCAUAUGUAUGACCCAGCUCCCCCUACUUCAGAUGAUAUAAUAGAUUUCCAGGCAUAUCUAGUCAAUUUACCAACCACUACCACCACUAGUACCACUUCCACUACCACUACCAUGGCUCCCACUACCACUAGACCAACUACCACCUCAACCACCACUACAGUCAGGCCUACCACAACCACACAGAGGGCUACACCUAGACCCACAACACCAUGGCAACCACCCAUUACAUGGAGACCAGUCACCACAACCAGAGCACCACUUACCACUACCACCACAGCCAGGACAACCACUACUCCGGAUCAUCAUGAACACUCCCAUCUACAUAACCACUCACUUCCAGAGGAUCUUAGUUGUGGAAACACCAUCGGCUGUUUCGCUAAAUGCAGUGGUGGGCAGUGUGAUUUUAUUGUCUCUUGGAAUGAUACCGGUGAGCAUGUUCAGUUUGAGAUGAAGAAGAAAUUCCCUGCACUGGACCCCAGCGAUCACUGGAUAGCCAUUGGCUUCUCUGAGGAUAAAAGAAUGGGAGAGGACAGUGUUGUAGAGUGUGUCCGACAGGACGGAUUUAUCACGGUCCAUCAGUCAUUCAACCAUGUCUCCAAGUCAAACACGCGACUUAAACAGAGCGGGUUAGGCCUCAGUGACAUAUCGGGGAGCUACGUCGAUGGUAUAUUUGUCUGCCGCUUCACCAGAAAGAAGCACCUUCCAGAUGAGAAACAAAUCUUUGACCUGAACAAUGACUUCUACAUGUUCUUUGCCUCAGGAGAAGCCAUUGAUGGAGUGAAGAUGCGACACAGUGUGCGAGAUCUGCCAGUGGUGUCUGCUGAGCCUGUAGAUCUGCAGAAACACAGCCUGGUGCAGGGAAAGGCCGUCUACUUCCUGGUCAAAGUUCACGGGUGCCUGAUGAUCGUAGCCUGGGUGUGCCUGGCCAGUAUAGGGAUCGUGGCUGUCAGGUACUACAAAACGGUCUGGCUGGAGGAGACUUGUAUGAGGGAGAGGAUCUGGUACCAGUCCCACAAAUUCUGCAUGGCGACCCUGUUUCUGUGUGUCAUGGCUGGAAUAGUUCUGAUUUUUGUUGAGAUUCAAGGUUACAGUCAGAUUGAUGGCAAAACAUUUCACCAGGCUCAUCCUAUCAUGGGCUUGAUAGUGACUGUCUUUACAAUUGCAAAUCCAAUUAUAGCAAUUCUGAGACCCCUUCCAGGCACAGUGAAGAGAAAAAUAUUUAACUGGAUUCACUGGGCAGUGGGCACUGGUGCCCAUUUCUUGGCCAUCGUGACGAUAUUUGCGGGCGUGGAAUUGGCCAAGGCCCGGGCCAGCUUCUACAUCUCCUACAUUCUGAUCGCCUACGUCUGUUACCUCUUGAUUGUUUUCUUCAUACUGGAGGUUCACAGUUUUGUUUCAAAGAGAGCAGAACACAAGAGGGAUCAGACAUACAUGUAUGAGAUGCACCGAAAGCCCUACUACUCCAGUGUGAAUCAUUCACUGGACAUAGAACCUCCGUACAGCAAAAUGAAGAAGGCCAUAUUUGGGUCCCACAUCCUGAUCACUGUGACUGUGACACUUAUCCUAUGUACUCUAUUCUCCUUGUCAUAAAACAUACAACUAACUCAAGUCCUGAGGAUCAACUUUAACUGGUUUAAUAAAACGGAAAAAACCAAAACAGGACAACUUGUUUAACUUUCAAUCAAUUCCAAGACUCUUAUCUUGAUGAAGGAAGUGUAAGCUUUUUUACCAAAGUGAACACAAUACUUUUGGUUCUAUAUGUCAAGGUCAGUAAUGUUGAACUUUGGCCCUGGAUGUGCUAUGGUUCAGUGGUUUAUGACUGAUAGACUGGUUCUCAGAGCUGGAACCCGGUGGGAACUGUCUACAAGGAUUUGCAUGAGUGAACAUUUAAUAUGUCCCAUAUCUGUGAUGUCUCUGUGUAUUGAUAAAGAUUUAAUUAACUGAACUACAUGUAUUUCUCCUGAAUUAAAAAAUACUUUACUUUUUUAAUACUAUAUAUUGUUUGAUAACUACUAUGCAAAUUGGAUAAUUAGCUUAGCAAAUGUGUAUGUAAAUGAAAUUUUUGUCAUUCAUUUCCAAUGUACAUAUAUGCUAUUGUUACAGUUGAUAUUCCUACAACCCAACUUAAUCCAUGUUUUCUCUGUUAAAAUAAUUACACCCAAAACUUAAUAAAAACAAAACACCUUCCAACAUCCUACACAGCAUGUUGAAUGACAUGAAAUAGCUAUAUAUUAUAUUAUGGGUGCUCAAUAUGUGUGAUAAAUCUUAUUUAGAAAUAUAUUUAAAUCUUAUACUUUAAUGCUUAAUUUUGUUAGUUUUUCAAAUGUAGAAUUGUGAAUGUGCAAUUCUUUUUCAUAUUUUGCAUAUUAUUUCUGUAAAUGUUUGAAAAAUUUGGAUACCUGAGUGCUUUCUAGUCAAGUGUAUUUAAGAUUAUGAGAGAGAGAGAGAGAGAGAGAGAGAGAGAGAGAGAGAGAGAGAGCAUAAAUCUGCAUUUAAAGAUGAAUGUAAAUAUGUAUUUUUAUGAAUACAUUGUAAAUAAAUUAAAUUUAUAUUAUUAAA